AGAUCACCGACUUCAGCCACCGCAGGUUCCAAGUCACACAAGACCAGACAAUCCGUUCGAUUCCUCCCUGUGUCUCUCCAUACAUCCACCAAUUGCCAGUACUUACCACAAUGGGGUCCAACGUCGCUUCGAAGCGUCUCUUCCAAGAGUACAAGUCAUUGUUGACCAACCCACCCGAUGGCAUCACCGCCGGCCCUGUCAAUGAAGAUGACUUGUUCAUCUGGGAAGCGUUGAUUCAAGGCCCCGAAGGCACACCGUUCGAAGGCGGCAUCUAUCCUGCGGAACUCAAGUUUCCCAAGGACUAUCCUUUGAACCCUCCCAAGAUGAAGUUCCUCGGCGAAAUCUGGCAUCCGAAUGUAUAUACCAAUGGCGAAGUCUGCAUAUCCAUACUACACCCUCCUGGCGACGAUCCGAAUCAUUACGAAAGCGCUUCCGAGAGGUGGUCACCGAUUCAAAGUGUGGAAAAGAUCCUCAUAUCAGUCAUGUCUAUGCUGGCGGAACCCAACGAUGAGAGUCCUGCAAACGUUGAAGCUGCAAAGCAGUGGAGGGAUCGACGGCCAGAGUUCGAGAAGAGAGUGCGUGAGGGAGUAAGAAGGUCACUUGGUCUAUGAACGACACCAAAAGU